AUGGAAAGCUAUCUGAAAGAGUUCCACGAUGAGGAGAUUACAGAUCUGCUCAACAACCCAGACGGUUCGCUGCACGUUUCGAUCCGCGUUAACCUCACGCACUUGCAACGCAAGCAGCCGGAUCUGUAUGCCCGGCUUCUACAAAACACGGACUCCGAGGUUCUGCGCUGGAACGAGUGUUUACUGCGCGCCCAGGAAUCCUUGAUCGAAGGCAACCUCUUCCUCGAGUCAGGCUUCCAAGUGAAACCAAAUUGCCACACACGCUUUGUCAACCUGCCCCUGGUGUCGGAGCGUAAAGCGGCCUAUCCGACCACCGGUAACGUUGGUCAGUUUCUGCAGGUGUCAGGUAGUGUGAUCCGGAUUACGUCGAGCCGGUGUCUCGAGUACAAGCGCUGGUACAUGUGCACCCGGUGCAAGCGUAAGGUACUAGCGGAGGCAGAGUACGGUCGACUGUACGUUUUUGAAAAACCGGGUCCAUGUCCGGCCGCACGAGAGUCUGGAUGCAGCGGGUACUUGCAGGCCGUGCCGGAAAAACCACAGCAGGAAAACUAUCGCGAUUACCAAGAGAUUCGCAUACAGGAGAUUAUGAGCGAACGGAGAGUGCCGGCCUCUCUGAUAGUGACACUGGAAGACGAUCUGGUGGAUGGUUGUCAGCCUGGGGACCGUGUUACUGUUUGUGGCCGUAUAUCGCAUCGCAGCAAGCCACCGGUCGUCGGCCGACGUACGGAAGUGACGAUCGCAAUGCGGGCUAACAGUUUGGUUCGGGGAGCGAUUAAGGGCAGUUGGGCCAACGACAAUCCGGAGCGUUUGCUGUGCGUGGAAGCCGAUUGGCAGGAGGUUGUGGGGACUAUCGGUGAACUGGCGGCAAGGGAUUUCCUGAUUCAAUCGAUCGCUCCCAACAUUCGAGCGUUUUAUCCGGUGAAGCUGGCCGUAGCGCUUGCGUUGGCUUCCUGUACGGAGCGGUCGUACGACGCCGACCAACAAUCGAGCACCGUUCGGGGCAACUCACACUUGCUGUUGGUCGGCGAUCAGGCCUUGGCAAAAUCGGAACUGCUGAAGUUUGCAUCCGAGAUCGCGAGCCGUGAAGUGUACACCAACGGUAUGGGUUGCUCGUCGGCCGGGCUAACGGCGGCCGCAGUGAAAGACGGAGGUGAGUGGGAGCUGGAAGCAGGAGCUCUAGUGCUGGCGGAUGGCGGGAUCUGUUGUAUCGACGAGUUCAAUCUGAUGCGCGAAACCGACAAAGGGUCCAUACACGAAGCGAUGGAACAGCAGACGAUCAGCGUGGCCAAGGCGGGCAUGGUGCGCAAGAUGAGCACACGGUGUGUGGUAUUGGCGGCCACCAACCCGAGAAAACCCGUGGCCGUCGGCGAAGACAUUUCGGCAGCUAACAUCGGAAUCGGAGGACCACUGUUGUCGCGUUUCGAUAUCAUUCUAAUUCUACGCGAUAUUCAUUCUUCCAACUGGGAUGCAGACAUUGCGACGCAUCUACUAGCAAUGGCGGUACUCGACGAGGAACAAUCAAAGCUCGAUCGAUCCCAGCCGAUAGCCCAUUGGGAUCUGGAAAAACUGCAGCUCCACUUUGCCGCAAUUAAAUACAUCGAUCCGACAGUUUCAACCGAAGCCAACAUCAUUCUAGGGGCAUACUACAAAGCGUGCCGCUCGGAUCCGUUCCGCGAUCCAGCCCGGACUACCGCGCGGUUGUUGGAGAGUUUGUUCCGAUUGGCAAAGGCGCACGCUCGGCUGCUGUUCCGCCGCGAGGUAACAUCGAUCGAUGCGAUCACCAUCAUUCAGCUGAUGGAAGCGAGCUGGACCUUCGGUAAGAUCGGCAUUACGCCGUACGAUUUGAUCAAGGCAGAACUUCCGCUCGGCCCAGAACAGGCAGUCAUCGAUCGGUUGUUGGAUAGGCUGCAGCUGUACGAAACCACCAUCCGUGAUUCAGCGACUGUUCGGCCGAUCGAUCGGAACCUUCUUCGUCGUUACCAUUGUGACGUGAUUGUCAAGCAAAAAGCGAAACAGGCGACGAAACAGGAGCAACAAGGAACUCUAACGCAACAGCCUGCGUGUAGUUCGACUCCUCCAACGGGCAGCUCGCAGCCUGGGUCGAGUUCUUCUAUUUCAAAGUAUACUCUUCAAACAAAAGCAAAUUUGCAAAAGCUAAAAAAAGUGCCAACGCCCGAUGAUGAAGACGGCGUGGGGGGCAUGGCGAAGAAACGCAAACAACAAACAUCGGAAAGCACUGCGCCGUUGGCAUCGAGGGAACAGUCUGUGUACCAAAUAACAUGGUCAAAUCAAAGAAAGCAAACAAUGACAGGAGUAGAUGAAACAAGGACAGGAGGACCUUCCAAGUCCCGCAGCUCCGUCGACACUGUGAGCGGCGAUGAGAAUAUGAGCUUUCGUAUCGAAUCGUUCGGCAAUUGUCCACUUUCAAGCGAAAGUGAAGUAGAAGCCGAGCCAGGAAUACGCACACAAACACGCCAAAAACUACUGCAGUUUGAAUUCGCGACGCACGAAACAUCGAGAUCGAGUCCAUCGACGGAGAACGAUAACGCGGAUGUUUCGAUGCACGACACAGUUACGAAAGCGGAUGACGGAAGCAACCAAGAAUUCCGGUACAGUGGUCUCUUUUCCGAUGAAGAAGAUGACGAUUUGCAUCUUUCCGACAUCGAGCUGUAG